GCUUAUCCAGGAGACGUAAAGUUUUGGCUUGUGGUUCACUGAAUACAGCAAGCAGGCUACUAUUCAGCAGGCUGUAAACAUUAAUGCAGCCUGCUUUAGGCUACAACCGAUAAGCUGACUGUAGACCUAUAGAUUAUAACCCGUGAUGUGGGCUGAAAAACUGGGGAAGCAGUUGGGCAACCCGACACGAUCAGUGGCAGGUUAUCUGGUCAGCAGGUUUCUCGCAGUGCGUAACCGUCUCCUGGAGGAGAAUGCUGUGCAGCUGAGUGGGAUCAAACCCGGGGACACAGUGCUCGAGCUGGGGCACGGCCCAGGACUCGGUCUGCAAUCAGCAGCCAAACUCCUCACAGAGCCCUCAGGCCGCCUUAUAGGGGUGGAUUACUCAGAGUAUAUGCAUAAGAUGGCAAGUGAUCAGAUGAAGGAACUUGUGGCGAGUGGGAAAGUGACCCUUCACCACUGCGAUGUCGCAGCAAUGCCUCUGCCAGACAGCUCUGUGGAUAAAGUCUUUCACUGUAACUGCUACUACUUCUGGCCUGACCUCAGGAAAGCCGCGGCGGAGAUAUGCCGGGUAAUGAAACCAGGGGGCCUAAUGGUGACCACACUGAGGCUCUCCAUGGUGGCUACUAUGGCAGCAAAGCGAGUGAUGCCAGGUGAGAACUGGCGCCCGCAGAGCUACAUGGCUGCUCUCAGAGACGCUGGCUUCACUGAUGUCAGAAUGGAAGAUAGACAGCACAAACACAUUACUUUUCAGGUUAUCUAUGCCACUGCCUUAAAAUGUCAUUGAAAUCAAACUAGAAUUUAGAAACUGUAUAGCCGUUUUCACAUAUGCACUCCGGAUAAUAUCCAGAUAUUUACAGGAGGACUUCUCCGGAGAUUCUCCCGACCUAGCCGUUCACAUAUGCUCCUCACAGCGUUAUAAUGAGAAUAUUUGCCUUUAUAUCAAUGCUAUGUGUAAUCCAAUGGAAUGACAACAUCCACAAAAGAGUGGAGAACAACAUACUGACGAACAGAAAACAUAAUGCAGCCGUUUAAUCACGUGCACGGAGAUCGUAGUGGUCGCGUGCAGACGCUUUAGCCGGUCACUAUAUAAACGUCAUUCUCUUUCCAUGCAAAAAAUGCGGCUGUUUGCGUUCACACAUAAAGACCUAAAGACCCUCCGGGUAGCCAAAUCUCCGGAGUUUUUCAGGAGAUUUCCGCAUGUGUGAAAAGGGUUUAUGUGUUCUAUACCACUUCUGUGAUUGUAAGGACUACAUUUAUAUGGACUGUAUGGAAAUGUUGUAAUUUCUGAUAAUAAAAAAACAAAUACCUGAUCAGAAA